UUCUUGCCAGAAAAUUCGUGUAGACUAAAAAUUUUACUUUGCAAAGAACACGCAAAUUCCGAGUAAAUUUAGAUCUAUUGAAUAAGAGAAUAAGAGAAAUAUGGCAACGGAUGUGGAGCCGGUGGCGAAUACGGCGGACAAGUUUUCCGCCAACGCAGAGGAGCUGGAGAGCUACUAUCUGAUGCUGGAGGCCGGAAAUAUUCCGGAACUGCAGUGGCAAUUCCCAGGACGCAGGGCUCCAUCGCCGGAGGCAGGAUCUGGCGGCAAUAGCAAGGAGCUGGAGCAGGCCACCGAUGCCAUUGAGCAGGAACCGCAAAAGGCCAACGACUUUGAUUUCAGCGACGAUGUGGCCCCCACCCAAAUGCGUGUCCGCAGCCAGACAUCCACGCCCAAGUCGGCCAAAAAGAAGACGGCCAACUUCGCCGGCGUCAUGGAGACGCUGAAGAAGAAGAACGCAGAGAGCUCAUAGCACCCGCCAAAAUUCUAAUGCCGAUCUCGUCGAGGUGACCAGUUGCAGAUCGUUCUCUAUCGCCAUGCGGAUUAGUCUAUAUAGUUUUAAGCCAUCGAGAGUAAGGUUAAGGAGCGUUCUUUUGCCAAAUCCAAGAGGAACCCAGCUGUACUGCAAAUCGAAUUCAUCUAGGACGCUCCUAGAAGUUUAGCUUGGAGUAGAAGAUAGCUGCUAGUUAGCUAGGACUUAGAGAGAGUUUGCACUUCAAAUUCAACAUAACAGGCUUGUUAGGACUUUAAUUAACAUUACAUUCGUAUGACUAGCUUGUAGGGAAUUGCAUUGAAUUGUAAGAAAUCCAUAUGCAGACCAGUCUGUUGCAUAAAUUUGAGCAGUCUUUAUGGAACUUCUGAGAGUUUCGUUUAGAGUAGGAUAUAGUUGUCAACUAACUGGCACUCCUAGAGAGUUUAAACUUCAAUUACCCAAUAACUAGCUUCUAAGGACUUUAACUGGCAUUCCAUUGCUCAGUUUUUCAUUUAAGAUCUUGUAAAUUCAACGAUUUCCAAGAACAAACCAACUUAUAUUUAAGCAAAGGGAAGUGUAUUUGAUCCCUGAUUAGAUCAUAAGAUUAGAUAUAUAUUAUAAAUGAUAAUCAAGUCCUUAUUUAAUAUCUUACGACAAUAUUCUUGAUAAUAUUGCCCAAAAACCGACGUUUGAAGAAUAGGAUAUUAGGAUAGACCAGAUAAGGAUUGAUAUCCGAUAGAUAUAGGUAUAGCAUAGGCAAAUGAAGAUAGGUAAGCAUCUGUACAUAAAAGUAAUAAGAACUGAAUUUCACAAAAAGCUGUUAAAAUCGUGUCUGAAAGUAAAUGCAAACUGUUGAAAUCAG